UGUUAUGCAAAGUACAACCCCCUCCUCCAGGAUAUUACCUCUCACCCUGGGGAGAGAACGCUGGCAAAGCAUUCUCACCCCAUGGAAAGCACUCUUCAGACUGUCAAACCUUGAGAGAGUAUUGAUUUCAACAAUUUGGAUGUAAUUCAUAACUUGAACCUAAAGUACAUUGACAAAAGAGUAACUACAGAUAAGGAUAUCUGUUGUUUCAUUGAAGAGCUUGGAAUCUGCUAAAAAGUCCCAAAGAAAGUGUUCUCCAGAGUCCAGGCACGAUCAGAUCUUCACCAGCUCACUGAAAGCCACAUACAUUAUUCUGGGCAAGAAUGCAGACUUUGCAGGCUACUAUUUUUUUGUUUGUGUUUGUACCUUUGGUAAAUCCAGCACCACCUCUACAGCAAGAAUCACUCCAGUUUUAUGACUAUGAUGAAGAGCUUCCCUUGGGAAGCCUGACCCAGCAAGAUUAUGAAAUGAAAUCCAAGGAUAUAAGAAAGGAUGGAACAAACGUUUCUCUUGACACUUCCCUAAGAAUGCAAAGAGAUGACGCCCAACUCGAUGUCCCACCUACAAAGGACACAAACCUGCCCACGUGUUUGCUGUGCGUGUGCCUGAGCGGCUCSGUGUACUGCGAGGAGAUCGACAUCGAGGCCGUGCCGCCCCUGCCCAAGGAGACCGCUUAUCUGUACGCUCGCUUCAACAAGAUCAAGAGGAUUGCAGCCUCCGACUUUGCUGACAUCACUACCUUGAGAAGAAUUGAUUUUAGUGGAAAUAGGAUAGAAGAAAUAGAAGAUGGAGCAUUUUCAAAGCUUCUGCUGUUGGAAGAACUUUCUCUUGCUGAAAAUCGACUUAUAAAACUUCCUGUUCUACCUCCCAAAUUAACAACAUUUAAUGCAAACCAAAAUAGAAUCAAGAGCAGAGGAAUCAAAGCAAAUGCUUUCAAGAAGCUCACAAAUUUGGCCUACCUCUACUUAGGACACAACGCACUGGAAUCUGUUCCCCUGAAYUUACCAGAGAGUCUACGCAUUCUGCACCUUCAGUACAACAACAUCACCUCCAUCACGGAUGACACGUUCUGCAAGUCCAACAACACGCGCUACAUCCGCACGCAGAUGGAUGAGAUCAGGAUGGAGGGCAAUCCCGUCGUCCUGGCCAAGCACGUCAAUGCCUUCUCCUGCCUGAGGAUGCUGCCCGUGGGAACGUACUACUAGCACUGCUCAUGUGAAUCCACAUGCCACAAGCCAGGCGUGCUAACAAGGGAUCAUUUCUGCCUCUGUUUACAAGUUCAUAUCCUCUCCCUUACUAAUGYUCUUUUCCCUGCAUACCCAGCACUUUCUGCUAUGUUGAAACGUGGUUCUGCUCUGAAAUAACCGUUUCAAACCAGUCACUUUAGUAGUUACAGUGCCCCUCAUGCUUUCAGAAUCUUCUCUAUUAAUGGAAGCAUAAAAAUAUAUAUAUAUGCACACACAUCUUCUCAACUUUUAUUUCACCACAUACUCUUUAGGUAAAAUAYAAAACUGCUUGUUCUCAUUCUUUACCAGAACUCAGAACAAUCACCACAUAUUACUUUCUGAUAAAUGCAAAAUAUUGUUUGAGCAAGCCAAAGAGGAACAAUACUUCUUAAUUCCAGUCCCACUCUUUUAAUCUGAAAUGAAAUCUUUUCAGUUGACCUUCAAAGGUGUAUUGGAUGAAGAUGCAUAUGAGAGAAAGUUAUGUUUAGAAACAGAACUUCUCAAAGUUUGAAUUCAUUAAAGCUACCUUAAAAACUUGAUUUGUGGAAAAUGGUAACUCCUAUUUAAGUUUAGUACACCAAGCAACUCAGCAACUAAAACUUUUCAAAGAUGUUUCAAAUUUCCUUCUACUAUUUUGUGUUGAAAAUAACGUAUGUGUUUUAUUUUUAAGUACAAUAUAUCUAUUUUGCUGAGCUGUUCUCACAAGAGCUGUUUUUGCAACACCAGCUUACCAUUUUAAAACAAUGGUCUAAGUAUAGCAUAGUAGACUCAAAUAUCUUAGUUAUUAACUAAGGAUGUAGGCCAAGCCUUGGUUCCAUAGCUUUUCUUGUCGGGAAAUGUGACAA